AUGGAAGUCGAGACACCGCUGGGAACCAUACGAGGCAGCAUCAGGCGCAACGUCGCACAGUUCCUCGGUAUACAAUUCGCCACCGCUGAACGAUUCAGGAAGCCUGUGCCAGUCACGAAAAAGCCUAGCCCACCACAGAAUCGCCCUCCCGUGGUCUUGAAAAUCGAUGAAGUUUUCGAUGGUGACUUUGACGAUGAAGAAUGUUUGUAUCUGAACAUAUGGAAACCAGCUGGAAUGAGUACUAAUAAGAAUCGUGCUUGCUUCUAUGUGCAACGUCGACGACGACGCAUUUCUCCUGAAUCCGCAUUGAUUAAUGACAUUAUAGGUGGUCUUGCGGAAGGCCAAACCAACAAAAUUACGCAUUCUGGGGAAUACCUUGCUCGACUUUCAGCCGAGCUCAAGAAGCCUGUCAUUGUCGUAUGCAUCGCAUACCGUAUUAAUCUGUUUGGGUUCUUGGCUUCUAAAGAACUACAGCAGUUCUCGGAUGAUGGAAGCACCGGCAAUCUUGGUUUUUUUGAUCAGCGAUGUGGCCUGCGUUGGAUCAAGGAGAACAUUGCAAGCUUUGGUGGCGAUCCGACCAAUGUGACCAUAUUCGGCGAAUCAGCCGGUGGUGUGUCUGUUGAUUACCUUUCUAUCAUGUUUGCACAAGAAAAGCUGUCCGGGACUUCCAUGACACUCCCUCCAAACCGUCUUGAAGAUGCUCAAAUACUCUUUGACAAAUUGUAUGUCGCUCUAAACGGGCCAGAGUCUCUUGUCGGAAUAGACCGAGUCAACUUCCUGUUGACCAAAUCAACUCAGGAAUUAUUGGCUGCAUCAGCUAAUCUCAUCGCUGGAGCAUCAUUCCCAACCGUUGAUGGUGUAUCUCUACCUGAGAAUUGGAGGUCUAGCAAGAGAACAGUCAAGCAAUUCAUUAUCGGUACCAACAGUGACGAGGGAUCUCUAUUCACCUUGAAUCCCCGUGUACCCAGCACGAGAGACCAACUACGAGCUACUAUAGCCGGCCGCAAUCCUCAACAUAUGGAUGAGCUAAUGAGUAUCUACGAUGAUCCUGCAGCCGCCACGGCAGUGAAGUCUUAUGGAAAAUAUAUCGGAGACGCCGUGUUUUAUCAACCUGUACGGGCAACCAUGCGGGAACUAGCUAAAACUUCGGACGUAUAUGCAUAUCGCUUUGAACAUCCAAUGUCGUUCUCGUCUCAUCUGAAUAUUGGGGCGCAUCAUGCUGGUAAGCUCCGUGUAUGCAUUCGACGCUUCUUGAAAUCUUACGAGAGUUUGUUAGGUGAAAUACCAUUCGUAUUCUCAAACGAGUAUUUCUUGACGAAAGAAGAGCUCAAGUUGGCGCAUACCAUAAGUGAGAAUUGGAUUACCUUUACAUACACUGGUGCUCCUGGCAGGAGUUGGACAAAAUAUGUCGAAGGGUCUGGAAAGGUCGCAGUUUUUGAUCUGAAGGGACUUCACAUGGAGCCGGACACGUAUAGAAAGAAGGAAUUGGAUAUGUUGGACGGUAUCCUGAAUCCAAAGGCUGCAAAAUUGUAA